GCCAUGCUCAACUUCCCAGCUAGUCAUGUGGUAUAGAAUCACAUAGAGGCUUGACGGCUUGACUUUCCAGAUGCCAUAUCUUCCGUGACGUGUACUACAUGAUAUCCAUCGCCGACAGGAUGGGACUGAUGGUUCAUUUAUACUCGUGGCCAAAUUUCCAGCUUCUCGACCUCACAAUAUGAUGCUGGUGAUCCGAUGUAUGCAGCUGGCUUCAAGUCAAAUGAUUAACAACACGCUUGGGUUGGAUUUCGUGGGAGCUCGAUUGAUGGACGUCCGAGCCGAUGAGCGCUCACAGUCGUUCGUGCGCACGCGGCCUAUCACGAAACCUCUGGUGUUCAAGUCGACCUUUCACACCUACAACCAUGUCCGACUGGUCGAAAUUGGCGAGCAGUGUUUUAUCCCAAGCGUCUGAUGCUUUGACAGAGGCUAAACAACGAGUUCAAGCCAUUUCUCAGGAAGAUCUAGACCCUAAAAACAUCGACUGGUCUAAAGUAUCGAGCAAUGUUCUCUCCCGUACGUCUGGUGCUCUGACAGAGGCCAGACAACUGGUCAAUCAGGCCGCGUCUCAGAGAGAUAUAGACCUACAAAACGUUGACUGGCCCAAAUUGUCAGCCAAUGUUAUGUCCCGUGCGUCUGAUGCUCUGACAGAUGCCAAACAACUGGUUGAUCAGACCGUGUCACAAAAAGAUCUGGACCUGACACACAUUAACUGGUCUAAAGUAUUGGGCAACAUUCUCUCUCAUGCUUCUAGUGCGCUGGCAACAGCAAGACAAUUGGUCAAUCAAGUAUUCAUGUACCGCAACUGGCGCUCUGCUGUGGCGAUUGUGUCCCAGCAAUUACAAGAGAAACUACGCCCCUUGGUUGAUGUAAUUUCUAGUAAAUUAAAACGGAUCUAAGUUUGCCGCAGACGAUCUAACGGAAAUCUAGCCAUGUUACGUAACUACUGGACCAAAUUGUGGGGCAGUAUUGUCUCCAGCGGUAUGUUCGCUUUGACAGAGGUCAAUAACUUGUCAAUCAGGCAUCCAUAUCAAUCAGCUGGAGCCUUGCUACUCAUCUCUGCGUUUGAAAAUCCUGCGAUGCUUCUGACACUACUGCAGCUCACGGGAACAACUACAAUGUUCUUGUGUUUUCUCCCGGCGCGGUUGAUUAUCUGGUGUUUUGGCUUCAGGAGUCGAGGAGUAGAAAAAGGUUCGUUUGCAUCCCAAUAUCAGUCCCAUUGCUACGGUGGUAA